AUGAAUCAACAAGGCGACAUCUACAGAGUCAAGAGAAGAGCAUGUGUCACGUGCACAAAGGCCAAGUCCAAGUGCUUGCCACAGACAGACAAUCUGUGCCAGCGCUGUGCCCGUCUUGGGAAGCAGUGUGCGUAUCUCGAUCUGCCGGAGAGGAAGCGGAAACGCAAAGAUGAUGAUAGUCGGGUUGAUGCUCUGGAGGGCAAAAUUGAAGAACUCACAGCUCAGCUGGUGGCCCUCAGAAACGGCGUGAGCAGUCAGGAUGGCUCCAGGUCUGCCUCUACCAACGGAACAGCAUCAAGUACAGAGCCUUCAUCUGUGACAGGUUCUAUCCCCGAGGCCUCCUAUGGAGAUUCAGAACUGCUGGACGCCGAGCCUGAGGGCUUUCACGGGCGUGAGCCCCCUACGACAUCGGUACUAGAGGGCAUCCCCGACAUUGUCGACCGUGGCUUUCUCAGCGUCGAAGAGGCAGAGACUCAUGUCGCGCAGUUCAAGUCUCGCUUCGUAUGGAAAUUCCCCUUCGUCGUCCUCCCCCCCUCCCAGACCGUCGAGACGCUCCGCAAGCAGGAACCGCUGCUUUUCCUCGCCGUCAUCGCCGCCACCAUCCCCAGUGCUCAUGCCAUCCGGAAGCUGCUCGCCGACGAAAUCAUGCAGCACAUCACGUCGCGCAUCGUCGCGAGCUCGGAGCGAAACCUGGGCUUGCUGCGCGCGCUGCUGGUUCUGUGCGCGUGGUACCGGUAUCCUGCGCAGAGGGGCAACGUGCAGCUUGUUCUGCUGCUGGAUCUUUGUGUGAAUAUGGUGCAUGAUUUGAGGCUGCAUCAUAUAAGGGGGGAGUUGACCACGGACCAGCAGAGGGCACUACUUGGGACGUAUUGGGUUGCUACAUGGUAA